UACAUUAAAAAUUCAUCUGUCAUUGCGAUUUACCGACGACUGCACAGCCGCUCUUCCAAUGGAUCCAAUCGUGCUCGAUAGCAGCACAGGUCUCAACUCCCAGCACCAAUCACCGCAUCAUCCACAGUCCCAACAGUCCCAACAAAAUCCUCAGCAGUACGGCGAAGUGAAUCAACUUGGCGGUGUCUUUGUCAAUGGUAGACCGCUUCCGAAUGCUGUGAGACUUCGAAUAGUUGAGCUGGCCCAAUUAGGUAUCAGGCCCUGCGACAUAUCUCGCCAACUUCGAGUGAGCCACGGCUGCGUCUCUAAGAUUCUCGCUCGUUACCACGAGACCGGAAGCAUCCUCCCAGGCGCCAUAGGCGGGAGCAAGCCCCGAGUAACGACCCCAAAGGUCGUUCAGUACAUAAAACAAUUGAAACUAAAAGACCCCGGGAUUUUCGCCUGGGAGAUAAGAGACCGAUUGCUGUCUGAUGGAGUCUGUGAUAAGUAUAACGUUCCUUCGGUCUCAAGUAUUUCGAGGAUCCUGAGGAACAAAGUUGGCGCUGCGGCUGCAGCAGCAGCAGCGGCUGCCGCCAUCCAUCAUCAUCCCCAUCACGCCCACCAUCACCAUCACCAUCACCACCUCUAUGCAGCUGCAGCAGUAGCAGGAGCUGCACUUUGUCCUGUACCAUACCCCUCAGCACCCUAUCACCCACCUCCGCCAGCAGUUACGCAUCAUCAUCAUCAUCAAGUGGGACUUACGCCAUCGAUGGGCAACAAAAUGUCACCAUCGCCACCCACACCCACCUCAGUUGGCCAUCAGAACGGAUUAACACCGGUUGCGUUAUCCUGGCCAAGUUCCCAUACAGUACAUGAUAUUCUGGCAACCGGAAUUCCAACUCUACCUACGAAUUCAUUGUCCUCGUCGCUAUGCCAAGCUACUCAUCAUCGAGGUAUCAGCAACGACAAUCAGGGAAACAGUAACGGUAGUCAUAAUAAUAAUAACGAUGAGGAGGUGUCCAAUGGAUAUCAUCAACAUUCGCAUCAUCAUCAUUCGCAGUAUUAUGCGUCCUCUUUAUAUCAUCAUCAUCAUUCUAAUGGAGGGGGAGUUGGCUGCAAUGGCUCACCUGGCCUGUCACUCCAACCGGUCAUCAUUCAAAAUGGUCACAGCCAACCUGCUAGCCCAUGUAAUUGAUCUAAUUCGGAUAAAGCAUUUUCGUUUUUAUAGUCAAUUGUUGAGUUUCUCCUUAUGGAAAU